AUGUUAUUCACUACUACAUUCUUGUCUGCACUGGUGGCUGUGGGCGGCGCGCUGGCACAGACGACACCUCCUGGGUUUAUACCGGCGGUUAACAAGACGUUGGAUGUGUACUAUGGCACUCAGUACAUCACGCCGGGGUUGAUGGUGAAGAAAUCGAGUGUGUCGAAGCAGCCUACAAUAGGUGUUACGGGACAGACCUUGACUGGGAAGUAUCUGUUGGCCAUGAUCGAUAUUGACGCACCCGGAACACCACGCGGUACUGUCCUGCAUGCGCUUCUACAAGACUGGACGCCCAGUGGGCAAACUCAAAAUGGGUCAUCGAUCCUUGCCACGAAGGCCACCGGGCCUGCAUCCUACUUUGGUCCUGCACCACCCGCCGAGACGCCGAAGCAUCCGCAUAACUACAUAUUUCUGCUGCAUGCGCAGCCUGACAACUUCGCAGUUCCGGCUGCGCACAAGUCGGCGGUGCAGCAGCGCCUAGGUAUCAACUGGCCCAAGUUCAUCACCGACGCGGGUCUGAGUUCACCGAUUGCGGCGAACUACUUGCAGGUCCAGUCGGGUGACAACACGAAGAUAUUUGUUUCGUAG